AUGUUUCCGAGCCCAGUCCCACUCUUUCAGAGUGUGUUGUGUCUAUUGUGUAUAACACCGCAGUAUAUUGUAUACCCGUGGCUCGUCUUUUUAGUGAUUUCAUUGAUGACAUUCAUUAACAGUUUCAAUUUGAACAACUACAAGAUACUUUUCACACAAAGUGGUCGUGAUGUAUUGAUACAUUUAGUGCAUUUUGUGUUGAGUACACUCUCUAUUAUGAUUUGCCCGGCUACGGGAUUAAUGACUUUACUUCCCGUCCACUCGACUCCACUUCUUGUCACUCACGUUGCUCUUCACAUCACGACAUUAUCACUUAGAAGUGUCGUCCCUUUAGUAACUCUUCCAUUACAGUAUUUCAUCAGAGACAAACAAUAUUCCCCAAUAUACCAAUCAUUCAUUCUGUUACCAAUCUCACUGGUGUUAUUCUUUAUCAAAUUUAACACAAUGGAUACACCACUCUUAACAAUUCCAUCAGUGCUUGUGCCAUUGCUUUUACUCAUACCGGCGAGCUGUUCGAAUAAAUACAUUUAUGUCUUCACAUGUAUGACUAUACUCGUGUCUUUCUUCUUCGGGAAAACGACGUUGUUGCCAUUGGUGCCGAACCUUCUCUUGUUCUACUUUUCUUCAACACCAACCACAGACACUGAGUUGUUUGCAGUUGGUGGUGCGAGUGGAAUGAAUCGGAUAUCUAUCCGUCUGCGAGUCUUAUUCACAAGAGGGUUGGAGGAGACGUUGAGUGAUCAUAAAAGUCGGAAAUUGUUCUAUUACUUCCUCAUCAAUUUACUAUUUAUGUUUGUCGAAGUGGCGUAUGGGUGGUGGAGUGGAUCUCUUGGGCUUAUUUCCGACGGCUUCCAUAUGUUGUUUGACUGUGUUGCGCUUGCAAUGGGAUUGGUCGCGUCCGUCAUUUCGCGGUGGAUGCCUGACAGACUCUUUACAUAUGGAUAUGCCCGUGCUGAGACUCUUUCUGGGUUUGUGAAUGCACUCUUCCUUGUGUACAUCGCGUUCUUUGUGUUUCUUGAGAGUGUCCACCGCUUGAUGCAUCCCGCAGACAUCAAAGUUGAUGCCCUCUUAAUAGUGAGUGUGUUAGGGUUACUCGUGAAUAUCAUUGGUGUCUUUGCGUUCAGAGAUAACGGCGAGGAGGAUGAACAAGAGUGUGACUGUCCCGCUCAAUUGGUGAAGCCAAAGAGAAAGAAAGGCAAAGAUAACAAUAUGGAAGGCAUCUUCUUACAUGUCUUGUCGGACACGUUGGGAUCCGUCGGUGUUAUUGUGUCCUCAUUUCUCGUUGAAAAGUUUGGGUGGGUUAUUGCCGACCCAAUCUGCUCAUUAUGCUUGUCGGGAAUGAUUUUCUUCAGUGUGAUGCCCUUAUUGAAAAACUCUGCCAAUUUGUUACUCCAAAACACGCCGAAGUGCUUUGACGUUGAAGAGAUUCAAAACAAAAUCUUAAAGGUUGAAGGGGUGUCCGAAGUUGUCAAAUUGAAUGCGUGGGAAUUUGCAGAAGAAAGUAUGGUCGCAACGGCUGUUGUGAAAAUGAAAGUCGAGUGCGAUGCUGAAAAGAUUCGAAGUGAUGUCUAUGCCAUUCUGAAAGAAGAGGAGUUCAAUAGCAUCACUGUGGAACUCGUUAUUUGA